AGUUGUUGCCGAGACGUUGACGCGACCUGGUCUGUAUCGCUUGUGCCGCUUGACCCCCCCAAUCAAUACCAGUGUGAUAUGUGAUGGUCUGCCCCCUCGCUCUUCAGUGUCCGACUUGUGUCGACCGCCCCAUCAGUGCCUAUGGAUAACAGUGAUGGUGCCGCUUCCUUAUCGAUGUGACUAGUUUUAACACUAUUAUUUUGUCUAUGAAUUUUAUAAUUUUUCUUCGGCUUCAAAAAAGUUUUUUUCAUUUGCACUAGUGCUUUUAAUUUAUAAUAUUGUCGUUUUUUAAUUUGUGUGCUCCGUUUGUAAACAAGAAAUAGAAUUUUUGGUGCUGAGAGAAAGUGGUCCGAUUCUUGGUGCGGAGCGGUAAAUGUGGGUCGUCUCCGUUGACUGCGCUUCUUCUCGGAGAAACUCGCCCUGAAUUAGCCGACAUCAGUCUGAGAAACUUCGAUAGCCGGGUUUCCACCUGUCUACAUUCCCUCAUUGUUAUUCGAUCAAUGCUCUAUUGCGUGUUACUGGCUGUACCGCAUUGCUGUUCCACACGCCACUACGUCCUGCGAUAAUCUCACUCCCACGAUGGCAUGCAUCACGUUCCUCGUCUUGCUCCUAGCAACCUGCGUCGCCGCUAACUCAGGAUCCUGUCCGAGUGUCUGUAGUUGCAAGUGGAAAGGAGGUAAGCAGGCUGUUGAGUGUUUGGAUCGUGCUCUAAUAACGAUUCCUGAAAAUAUUGAACCUGCUACUCAAGUGUUGGAUGUUUCUGGAAAUAACCUUCAAAUUCUUCCUCGGGACACUUUUGUCAGGAUCAACCUACUCAACUUGCAAAGACUUUACAUUCGCAGUUGCAAAAUAGGGCAGAUAGAUCCUCAAGCUUUACGAGGUCUUAAAAAUCUUGUGGAGUUAGACUUAUCAUUCAAUCUUCUUACGUCAAUCCCCUCUUCCACUUUCAACGACGUUCCUUUUCUUAGAGAUCUUACUCUUGCUCAUAAUCCAAUACAAAAAGUAGAAAGUCAUGCUUUUCAAACUGUUCCUAAUCUCAUAAAACUUGACCUGUCUCAUUGCCAACUGCAGUUUAUAGCCCCCAAAGCUUUCGAGGGAGUGGAACUCUUAGAAACUUUAAAACUGAAUGGAAAUAGACUUCGAGAAUUGAGGCCUAAAACGGUUGAAAGAUUAAGCCGCUUACACGAAAUAGAAAUGCAUGACAACCCUUGGGUGUGUGACUGUCAUUUAAGAGAAGCCAAGUUGUGGCUAACUGAUAAUAAUAUUCCUUACCCAAUUUCACCGACGUGUAUAGGCGGACCCGAUAGGGUACUUGGUCGAUCCUUCGCCGAGUUAGAUAUUGACGACUUUGCUUGCAAGCCCGAAAUUCGCCUGGAUUCAAGAUAUGUUGAAGCUACCGCUGGAGAUAAUGCGACAAUUGUGUGCAAAGUUGAAUCAAUUCCAACUGCCCACAUAAACUGGUACUGGAAUGGUAGACAUCUCAUAAAUAAUUCAGCAUUCAGUUCUUACCAAAGAGUUUUUAUUGUUGAGAGUGGAAAUUUUGAAAAGAAAAGUACAUUAAUUUUGACAAAUGUUCAGGAAUCCGACUCUGGUGAGUUUAACUGUUUAGCUGAAAAUAGAGCUGGUAAUGUAGAAGCAAAUUACACUUUGCAUGUAACACAAAGGAUAGCAGGAAUGGCUACACUAGGAAGUGGUGAGAUUGCUGGGUUGAGUGCAGCAUUAGUAAUACUCAUUCUGGUCAUACUUUUGGUAAUUCUGGUGCUUCUAAUACGUCUCAGAAGAACGUCCAUCGUCGAUACUAAGACUCCUGCUCAGAUGGAAGCGAUUCCAAACGGCAACGCUGGGUGUUCUGCAAAACCAACUUCACCUGUUACGAUAGACAAUGCUGGAUUUACGGAGAAGAAAAUUGUUCCUUCAGAGUUGAAUCUGAAUCCAAUCCAAAAACCUCCGAGAAGUGAAGUGUCAUAUUCCACUAAUUAUACUGGGAAUAUUAUUAACCAGCAAUUUACAAAUCCUGCCUCAAAUCCGGAUCUGAUUAAUGACACUAAAAGGCCGGACUAUGAAGAUGAGGCUUCUUUACAACAGAGACCUUCCAGUGGUGAGUACUCAAGAGCCAAUGAUUCCUUGUAUCCUUCGGGAGUUUGGGAUCAAGGAGUUCCCGGAGAUUUGCAGAGAACUUCCAGUUCCAACUUUGGGUACGAUUCCAGUGACAAGACGCCAAUCAUAGAUGGCAUGUCCGUCGAGGAAGACUACUCCAGAGCACUAGAAGGAUAUCCACCCGACUAUGGACUGCCCUACUUCCAACGUCAAGUCCCUGGAGUUUCCCCGACAAAUCCUCCUCAUCCUAGUGCUAAAACCCUCCGGGUCUGGCAGCGUGGUGUGCCUGUCCUUCCUCCAGUAACCGCUCUCAAACGCGUCCUUUCAAGGAACUCCCCCGACGAGGGCUAUCAGGAAGGGUGUGGAACUGAUGUAUAAAGUAAGAGAUGUUCUUUAUAUUUAUAUUUGUGAUUCCUUGUAAAGUCAACCGUUAUUGGUAUUUGUAUGUGAUGAAUUAAUAUUUAAUUCAUAUUAGCGAUAAGUCCCAAUAGUCUGAUGAAACCAAAACAGAAAUCUUAACGAUUUCGGAAUAGUCCAAAGAUAAACUAUAUUUUGUUUAUUUCGUUAAUUUCACAAUCGUAAACAGUUUCUAAAGUCUAUUAUGGUAAUUUAACAGUAGACUAGCAGUUAAACGUAUCAAAAUAACAUUUAAAAUAUUUUCACCCAAUUUCUUUUAAACCUGAUUAUGCUUAAACUCAGAUAUAAACUUAUACGUUGUAUGAUUGUUUAAUCACCAUACCAACAACAAAUAUUAAAAAUAUUGUAUCCUUGUAUCAGAUUUAUGACUUUUAAAACAAGAAACAUUUUUUAAAACUAUUUUGUAAUUUUAUUUUAGCACUAUUCAACGAAAAAAGAUAUCCAAUUAUCUAAGAAUUUUAGGAAUUUACUGAAAUGUAAAUACACUAUUAUUUGAAAAAAAAUUUUGAUUAUUUGACAAUUUGAGUUAAAUAAAUUGUGUAGCGAUCAAUGCUCAUGAACACGAACACAAAUUAUCAAUUUACAAGUUAAAGUUAAAUUGAUUGCUUUCAUUGAAUUUAGUAUGUUCAGUAAAGUCAGUAAAUGUUUAAUAGAAUUAUUUUACUGCAGAAGUAUAUUAAUGAUAUAAUUAAGUUGAUGAGUGUUAUGGUUGCCUAACUAUUACAACCUACAACAAAAGCUAGAAAUACAAAUAUAUUAUUGUAUGUAAAUUAUAUUUUAAGUAUGAAAAGCCAAUCGUAUCAACUAUCAAUCAUUAGAAAAAACAAUUAAAAUUGGGGUCACAGAAUUAAUAUAUUCCUUAAAAGCACUUGAACAUGAAUAACCUGCACCGCAUUUACAUAUUUAUAUUCCACAACACACUCAAAACAAUUCAGUUUAUUCAAUGCUUUAUAUUGUCGAAAUGGGCUGGCUGGUUUAAACUUCAACCUGUUUUCUAUUUAUCAUCAUCACAAGAUGAUAUUGAAACCUUCAAUUAGAGACAAAUCAAUUAACAUCUUAUCAAUUAACAUCUUCAGUGGCUGCCAUGCAAAUCGAGGGAAAUAAUUAAGCUGUGGAGAACCCUAGUGGGGAGAGUAUGUUGAGUGUUAUUGGGGCCUGGAUUAAGGACUUCCCCCGCUCAAAAACCAACCCCCCACUCAAAAUAAUGUAUUCGGCCCCAGCGGCUGCCACUUUGGCAUGAAUAUCAAUCAGCGAAAUGUUUUUACAAGAGCACUGAAUAAUUCAUACAGUGUGUGGAGUCGCUUGGGCGAAUCUCUC